GCAAAAUAUAUUUAUCGGAAAUGGAGAUUCGCGCAUAUAAAUAGCUCGGCGAACUUCAAGAGAGUAGCAAUAAAGCAUUCGAAGUCAUUUAGUGCAAAUCAAGUAGAAUUCCAGUUUCCUGUUUGCAUUUUUUAUAUUUACAAACAAACACUUCAAAAUGGCCAAACUCGUCCUGAUUGGUGCAUUUUGUAUAUUGAACGCCGCAGUCUCCAAAGCGGCCUUCAACAAAGAGGAGGCAAUCAAGAAUUUCAUGACCAAUGUGGAGGAAUGUCGAGGAGAAGUUGGUGCCGCUGCGUCUGAUAUAGAGGAUUUGAUAAAAAAAGCUCCUGCCGCCAGCAAAGAAGGAAAAUGCCUGCGUUCUUGUAUGAUGAAGAAAUAUGGCGUGAUGGACGAUGGUGGUAAGUUUGUGAAAUCUGUCGCCUUGGAACAUGCCUCGACGUUCACAGACGGCGAUGCGGAAAAAAUGAAGACAGCCAACGAAAUUACAGACGCUUGUGCAGGCAUCGCGGUACCCGAUGAUCAUUGUGAAGCUGCAGAGAUUUACGGCAAAUGUUUCAUGGAGCAAGCAAAAGCUCAUGGUUUAGAUAAAUUUGAAUUUUGAGAAACCGCCUGUCAGAACUAAAAACAACAAGUUUUAAGUUACUUGUAAUUAGUUGACCGACUUUAACUGCUAUUUAAAUCGUAAAUUUGUUCUGCUUUUUUAUUUUGAUUUGUUAGUUCAUUAAAGCAAUUGAAUGUAUAUAUGAAUAUAUGUAUGUUCAUACAUAUAAA